AGGUUAAUUCAAUGUUCAUUAAGAAUUCCCUACCCUCCUGCGCGACCUGAUUUCAAAACUCUCAAAUGCACUGAAGAAUGAUUUAUGGUUGGUUCGUUCCAAUUCAAUAAGAAUGAAAAUAUAUCUCCAUCUCCAAAAAUCAACCUCAUGUAGAUGGUUCCAUCAUGCAUCAUCAUGUACUAGGAGGUUCAAAUAGUUGAUAGAGGUAGAUGAAGAGGCCUGCGUCUUUUUCAUGAUAAUCUUUCAUUGUUCCCUAUCCCCUGUUGUUGUGAUCACUCCGCGCAUCUUGAAUAUUUAAAUGGAUCCAAAAUGGACGUACUUUCUAGGAAGGGUGGAUCCUUCCGAAUUAGAAUUAGUUAUCGUUUUCUUUAACUUUAUAUCCAAAUAUUAUAGUGGUAUCCUCUUGUCUCGGGUCAUCUUCUCACGGAGGUCCAUGCUGGGGUGCUCUCGGCGCCUGGCAGUGCUCCAAUAAAACAAUGCGCAUCAUCAAAAUGUGCAGUUAUACAUGGACAUGGACAUCAUGUACUUAGCAAAAAAUCUUGACUUGUUUCUUCAAACAAGAAGGCUCGUUUAAGUGUAGAGUGAUGUUUUGCGAGGUUGCGGGGAUUCUAGCAAUCAAAAUGGCUCGUCGAGAAUGUUGAGAAGGAAGACGAAAUUGGGACACUGCAAUUUAGCGCUAGCGCGACUGACUGCUACAUUUUUCAUCAUUUUCGAUUCGCGCAAAACCUCUACCUCUAGGUAAUGACCUUAAUACCACGCUUUACAACUCCCAUCCGAUUACCGAGAAUAUCCUUCCUCACUGUCACUCACUGCACUGUUUCCGCAGUUGCAGUUUUUCCUUGGAUAGAUACAUCGAGAGACUCAGAGGACUCAGUGUCGUAUUAAGCAAGAAUGUUUCAUCCAAAUUUUGGAUUUUUCGGGUUCGGCGAUACUAGCGGAAACGCGUCCGCUCAGGGGAACGGAGACACGGCCACCCAGGGGAAUGCUUCAACAACGAACAAUCGUGGUACUCCAGGAAGUGGGCGGCCACAUGCAACGAGUAGUGCAGGAGGUGAACCAACAACGGAAGCAGGAGGUGGGCCUACUUCAGCUCCAGGUGGUGAUGGUAUGCUCUCAAGCGGUAUGCCAGGAGGUGGCGGUAUGCCAUUUGCAUCUCCUGCUGAUUUCUUUUCAGCUUUCGCUGCACAAGCAGCUGGAGCGCAUCCGUCAACCAGCAGCACCGGAGGAGGACCCACAGGACCAAGAACGGGCGGAAAUUAUAUGAGAGGACCGAGAGUGGUCACCUCCGCCAACGGCGGCCAGCAAUACAAUGCGACCCAUUACGGAAGCCACUACGCGAACGGCUCAGCAGUAGGCGGUACUUCAGCGGAUGACAAGAUUCCUCCAGCAAGUAAGCGCGCGAUACUGAAUCUGCCGUCAGUGGUGAUAACAAAGCGGGACCUGGCCGUGGACGAAAACGCCUUCUGCAUAAUAUGUUUCGAAGAUCAAAAACUGUCAUCAACUGCGACAAAGCUGCCGUGCGGACACCUAUUCUGCAAAAGCUGUAUUAAAUUGCUUAUCACUUUCACUGAUCUUCUCCAAUUGUGAGGAAGGGCAGGUGAGACAUGUUGAAAUAAUGUGCCAUUCACUUUCUGCAUUGAUUUUUAACAUCCUUGAUCGAGACUGGAGAACAACAGGUUAUUAAUGUUUGCUGCAACAACGUCAACAACUAGACCUAGUACUACUUCUCUCUUGUGCCGAACCUGAUGUUUCUUUAAACGCAUUUUGUUGUAGUUCUUGUAACUAGAAGAACCAACUACUUCCUUGUGUAGUCUGUGAAGAUCAUUGCAGCCGACAAUGAUUCUAUAAUUCAGGUAUAUCCAAUUGGUUAGCGAAGCAGUGUACCUGUCCUGUGUGUCGUUAUGAACUGGAGACGACCGACGCAGCGUUUGAGAAGAAGAGGAAAGCGACGCAGCGCAAGCCGAAAUACAAAGAGGCAGACUUGCGCAGAAUGGCGGUCCGCGAGUUGAAGCAAAUAUGCGCAUCCAUAGAGGUAGACGCAAAGGGCUUCGCUGAAAAGCGGGAGUUCGUAGAUGCGAUAUUGGUCUCACCAAACGUGGAGAUUAUACAACCUGGAGAUCCCGGUGAUGUUGAUGGAACCCCUGGACCUGGAGGAGGAGAGAACAAGCCUGGUGGAGGGGGUGGACAGGUGAAAGUAGAUGGAGGAGCAAACCCGGACGGAAGUGGUGGAACUAGCGCCAAAAAUCUGGACACUUACUAUGAAGAUGAUCUUGCAGGGAUGAACAUCGAGCAGCUCAGGUAGUACUCACCGGUGUACAUGACAAAUGCUAGCAGUUUCUCUCGUGGUUUGCUUUUGUGUUUGAUUUUUUUCCGGCAAAUUGUUCAACCGCUGUCACAGGAUAGACUUGAUGCAGAGUCGUGCAAAUGACUUGGACCUGGAUCAUUGUUUGACGACUACAGCAUCAUGCAUAUCUCAGGAACACGUUCAAGCUUUUCGGUUUAGUCGUUCCGAACACGCGAGAGGAUGUGGGUAAAGACGAGCUCAUCGGGUUGUUGCUAAACUCAGGCAAAAUCGCCGCCUCACGGAGCUGA